AUGGCCCUACGCGCCGGGAGGACUUGGUUUGGGCAGGUCUUGCGCAGAGUCUCUCGGCUGCAAGGCUCCUGGUCCCGGCGUUCAAGCAGUCUACUGUGUCUGUCUUCGAACCAGGAGCAGGAUCUAGGAACCUGUUACAGGGGCCACAACCUCUCCCACCACUGCCCAGGUGGUGUCCACCACCGUCACCACCACCCCCAGCAGCACACCCGAGUCUGUCCUUAUCCGUCUUACCGCUGCCAGAGCUUUCCCGAGUGCUGCGCCUUUCCGGGUGAUCGAAGGGGACAUGAACCCCUCACUCGCCGGUUCCUGGGGGCCAUGAAGCGGCAGAACGUGCGGACUCUGUCCCUGAUCAUCUGCACGUUCACCUAUCUGCUGGUCGGGGCCGCGGUGUUCGAUGCCUUGGAGUCGGAUUACGAAAUGCGGGAGAAAGAACAGCUGGAAGCGGAGGAGAAGCGUCUCCAAGGAAAGUACAACAUCAGCGAGGAUGACUAUCGCAAACUGGAGACUAUUAUCAUGGAGGCAGAGCCGCACAGAGCCGGGGUUCAGUGGAAAUUUGCCGGCUCCUUUUACUUUGCCAUCACAGUAAUCACCACCAUAGGUUAUGGUCAUGCGGCUCCGGGUACGGAUGCUGGGAAGGCCUUCUGCAUGUUCUACGCCGUCCUGGGCAUUCCGCUCACACUGGUGAUGUUCCAGAGCCUUGGCGAGCGCAUGAACACCUUCGUCAAGUACCUGCUCAAGCGCAUCAAGAAGUGUUGCGGCAUGCGCAUCACAGAGGUGUCCAUGGAGAACAUGGUGACGGUGGGCUUCUUCUCCUGCAUCGGCACGCUGUGCGUGGGCGCGGCGGCCUUCUCACACUACGAGGACUGGAGCUUCUUCCAGUCCUACUACUACUGCUUCAUCACGCUCACCACCAUUGGCUUCGGCGACUUCGUGGCGCUGCAGAAGAACCGGGCGCUGCAGCGGCGGCCGCUUUACGUGGCCUUCAGCUUCAUGUACAUCCUGGUGGGGCUGACGGUGAUCGGCGCCUUCCUCAACCUGGUGGUGCUGCGCUUCCUCACCAUGAACAGCGAGGACGAGCGGCGGGACGCCGAGGAGCGCGCCUCGCUGGCGGGCAACCGCAGCAGCAUGGUGGUGCACGUGCAGGAGGAAGCCGUGUUGCACCAUCACCACCAACACCACCAGCAACACCAUCACCACCGAUGUGAGGCGAGUGAUUUGCAGUCGGUGUGCUCGUGUAUGCAUUACCACUCGCAUGAGUUCGGCAGCUCCUGCGGGCUCGGGUUGGGGCUGGGGAGAGGAGGUGGAGGAGGAGGAGGUGGUGGUGUCGGGGGUGUCUUCUCACAUCAAAACUCCUUCAGCUCACAGCUGAACCCGCACCACCUCUCCCGGCAUCACCACCACCACCACGCCGUGUCGUACCACAUCGAGGAGAUCUCUCCCAGCCGCCUAAAGAGCAGCUUCUUCCCCUCGCCCAUCAGCUCCGUCUCCCCCGGCCUGCACAGUUUCACCGACAGCCACCAACUCAUGAGGAGACGCAAGUCCAUCUGAGAGGAGAGAGAAGAGCUGCACAGGAUCCUACCUUUCCCCCAAAAGUGCCACCGCUAACGCUAACAGUGAUGG